CCUCCCCUGUGCGCGCGCGGAGCUUCGUUUGACCAACUCUUUCAGAUUGGACCACUUUGCUCCAGCGCACUUUUUUACCACACACCGCAUUCGGGUAGCGAGCAGCAGCAAGUUGCGAGGAGCUGUACUGCACUGUGUGAUCGCGAGCCAAGUUCAGGGUGGAGGAGGAGGAAGGAGACGAGACGAGAAGUGUUCAAGGACCUGUUUCCAGAGUUCCCCAGCAGCGAUGGAGACCCGGGUCACGUUUCGCUCCAAAUGGCAGAGUGCGGUGCGUUGUUUGUCAAUUUUGAUGAUAGUGUGUAUUUUGCCAGCCGUAAAACCAGAGAUAACAUGCAGAUCAUGUCAGUUUGGGAAUACAUUGCGCGCACGUAAAUUAAUCGUCGCCAUGCAGACCAGUGAACUCGCAACAGGGUCCGCGGGCGAAGUUUCUGGACACGGAAAUGGGUUGAAAAGAUUCGAUCCGACAGGCGCCAAUACGCGGGCGAUGAAUGCUGCACCCAUGCCGGCUGGACAUGGUGGUCAGGUCAGAGGAUACUUUAUUAACUCGAGGAAGAAGCGGAAUGUCCAAAGCCCAGUGUCCACGGAGGAGACAACUCUGCGCAACGCAAAAGUUUCGAGUGUCACCAUGGAUGGGGGACAGACGGACCUCGGGGUGAAAUCAACUCGUACCGAUUCAACAAAUCAAAGGAACCAGCCAAGUUUUGAAACGAGUGAUGAAAAAGUGACAUCUCCUCCGUCAAACCACGACCAAACGAAGAUCCUGCUGGAGGAGGAGGAGGAGGCUGCGCCAAUUGGACGCAGAGUUGCGCGGUCUGAACUGCGCUGGAACGGAGAGGACAGGAGAAGCGCUGGUUCGAGGCAAGAAGAGCUCAAAGUGACCAGCUCAACCUUCGCCUUGACCGGGGAUUCGUCUCACAACCAGGCGAUGGUGCACUGGUCCGGGCAUAAUAGCAGCGUGAUUCUGAUGCUAACCAAGUUGUUUGACUUCAACCUGAACAGCGUGACGGAGAGUUCAUUGUGGAGGUCCACCGACUAUGGGGCCACUUACCAGAAGCUCAACGACAAAGUGGGGCCCAAGACCAUCCUCAGCUACUUGUACGUCAGCCCCAACAACAAGCGCAAGGUAAUCCUCACUGUCUAA